AUGUUGAAAUUGAGAGCACGAAUUGGUCAAUUCUAUUUGUUAUGUUUGAAAUCAUUGACUAGAAAUAGUAAUGGACACAAGUGGUAUUUGUAUCCAUUUCAAAAUGUGUUUUUAUGGUCUCUGUGUAUUGUCAUUUUAACUGGAGUUGUAACGUUUCCACAUUUAUUUGGUAAAUUCAUGUCAUUGACACCGAACAAGACAUUGGAAAUGUUAUUUUAUGGAAAACAAUUAAAUCCAGAGAAUGGUGCUAUUGGAGAUUGGAUUAAGGAAGGAAAAUUGAAUAGUCCAUCAGCCUAUGAUGAUUUAUUUAAGAAUUUGGGAAUAUUUUUGAUCUUUCGAGUGAUCUUGUCCUUUGUUUCAGUCUCAUUACCCAUGCCAGCUGGAAUUUACGUUCCAUUGGUCAUGAUGGGAGCAGGAUUUGGACGACUCUGGGGAGAAUUUAUUCAUUAUCUUUUUCAAAAUGGAUACUAUGGUAGUAACACUCCUCAAAUCUUUCCAGGAGGUUAUGCCAUUGUCGGUGCUGUUGCCAUGAGUGCCUCUGCCACACAAGCCUUCUCGACUGUUUUUAUUUUAUUAGAAAUUUCAGGAGUUGCAGUGUAUUUACCAAGUUUAUUGGCAGCCAUGAUUGCAGUACUCAUUUCCAAGAGACUCUAUCUCUCUAUUUAUGAUAGUAUUAUUAAAUUAAAAGGAUGGCCAGCUGUAUUAGAAGUACAAACUGAUAAUGAUUCCAUAACAGUCAAAGAUAUCAUGUAUUAUGUGGAUCAAUUAGCCAUUUUGGAAGAAAGAACAACAUUGAAAGAAAUACAAGAUAUUUUAGAAUGUGGUCAAGCAUUACCAAAGAGUUUUCCUGUCGUUAAUAAUAGACAAGAUAUGUUUUUAUUGGGAACCAUUUCAUUGAAGAGUUUACAAGAUUUGUAUCGAAUUAAGAAGGAAGGUUUGAGACAAGAAAGGGGUGGUAGUAAUGGUGGUAAUACUACUAAUGAUGGGGGUAGUAAUGGAGGUAAUAGCAAUGGUACUGGCAAUAGCAAUAGUAGUAAUGGUACUGGCAAUAGACAAAAUGAAACAGAUACUGUCAUUUCCAUUCAACCAUCACAUCACACCACUUAUUAUGAAGAAGAAGAAGAUGACUCCUCCUCUCGAUAUGGUCGACUGGUUAGAGAACACUCAUUGGAUGGAGAUUGGAUUCCUGCCACUCAUGGAACUGUUGAAAAGUACAAUACGAGUACCUCUUCUCAAAAACAAACCAGAGUGGAACAUGUCUCUUCAUCACUCGAUGAAUAUGUAACCAUUAACUAUGUGACAUGUCCUGUUGCUAUCAGUGAAGAUACUUCAGCCCUUAUUGCACAUCUUUUAUUUUCUCAGUUGAGAAUUGAUGAUUUGUAUGUGGUUUGGAUGGGACGAUUAAUUGGUGCCAUACACAAAGAAGUACUUGUUUCAAAAGUAACCAUUAAAGAAGAUUAG